AUGGGUUCGACACCCCCAGGGCGUGGCGUUCACGUAAACCUCAUAGCCCGAUUGAGAAAGUUCACAGAGGAGCAGCCUCAGGCAGGCACCAACAAUGGUGCCAGUGGUAGUGGCCAGCAGUCAGGAACACUCACUGCUGCCCCAGAUUCCUUUGCAGAGGCUGUGGCAUGUGAGACGCUUUGCAAUGCCAACAGCGGCCCUGAGGUUGUAGACUUGACGCUGCUCGAUUCAGAGGAUGAAUCUUCAGAGCUUAAGGUUCGGGGGGAAGAGGAACGUGAGGGCUGUAACGAUGAAGAUGAUGAUGCAGGGGGGGAGGAGGAAGACAUGGAUGAUGUGGACUGGGAAGAAUGUGACGAAUUGAUGGAAAUGCAGUUGGAAGAGGAGAGAACCCAAGUCUUUCAGGAGGCACAAUUGGCGAUGCCAGAAGUGAAGGUGGAGCAGCAGUUGUCUGUGAGCAGGCAGUUGUCUGUGAGCGGGCAAUCGUCUUGUAGCAGCACACUUGUGGGGGGUUCGAUGGUUGAAUUCUGUGCAGCUGUGCAGACAUGCCCUGAAUGCACCAAUGGAGAGGUGAGGGUGCUGGGCCACACCCUAUUAUGGCCUGCUUAUAUGCUUUUUUUGAAAAUGCUUGAAGAACAAGGACAUGGGAUGCAUUUGCACACGGACAGCCACCAGCACAGCGUGUGUGCACAACUGAAGAGAAUGAUCCAAAAUUCUCUUGAUGCAGGUGAAAAGAUGGUGCAGUGUAGGGAUUUGCUUUUGCCAGAGGACAUAGAGUGCAAACCAUUGCUUUGUGCCCGCUUGAUUGAUGCGAGUGAUAGUCGGAGGGCACUUGUGGGUCAGCGAGGGGUGUUUGCUGUGAAAGACAUUGCCCCAGGUUGUUUGCUUGGGCCGUACAGGUCCCUGGCUCUGCCAACUAGGUUCUUCAACCAUUUCACGAAACACCCCCCUCCUCGUUGGGGCACAUAUGCACAGGGAAAGUGCAGCCACCCAACAAAAGUGUGGGAGUAUUUGGUUAACAGCUACUCUGCAGAUGUGGAUUAUGUGCAUGUCAGAAGCCAAAGCAGCCAGGAUAGUAGCCAGGACGAGCAGGGGAAGGCCUAUCACAUCACUAUGUCUGCAUUUGGGUACGGGAACAUAAGUUGUCUAGUGAACGACCACCACACUGACCCCUGGAGAUUGUGGGAUGAAGAUGAUUGUUCAAGGUACCUAUUCCAGCUUCCAUAUGAAGCAAAGGAAGAGUACAAGGAAGCCAGGCUUGGGCCCACGGUGGCAAGUCCUAAUGUUGAUAUUGAAACAAUAUAUGUGAACGGGUUUCCUUUCUUGUUCCUUGUUUCUAAGGAGCACAUUAGGGCUGGGGAGGAACUAUUGUAUGACUAUGGGUAUUUGUAUUGGGAAUGUCUGAAGCCACUCAGCGAUGGUUUGGAUGCGGCAGACAUGGCCUUCAUAAACAAAAUCAUGUCUGGGAAUUAG